CAUAAAUGCUGUAUAUUAGCAUCAAAUGGCAAUAAUAUUCAAAAUAGAAAAGUAUCCUUAGCACAAGAAACCUGGAACAUUCCUGUAUUGUUGGUUGUCCCAUUUGAUCGAACUGCACAAACUAUGUGAAGUGGAGGUAUUCGAAGUUGGACCGUUGGAGACUUGGAAGCUUCUGAAUUCUGAUUCGCAAUAUAUCCAUUUUAUAUUCUUAUUCUUUCUCAUCCUUUAUGACUUCAACAGAGGCUGCUGGAUAAACAACAGCACUUGGAAUAGACGAAUGGUACAUCCAACUGCUACCAAAGUGCUCCAAUAUUCUUCAUCUACGCAAAUUUCCACGGUAUUCAAAGUGCUCCAAUAUUCUUCAUCUACGCAAAAUUCCACGGUAUUCAAAACAGAUGAUGUACUCUGUAUUCUUUGAUUCUUUCAAUUGUUGCCAUAUAUUCCCCUGCCACUUUGUAGGAACCUGGCAUGCAGAUCUUACUUGGGAGUUGGGAGCAUAUGCCAGCCUUCAAAGUUGAACACUAGAUCUGUUCUCUUGUUAAGAGGCAUCCUUGCCUUGAUGUACAGCUACAGUGACGGGCAACAAAUUGGCUGGAUAUCCUGUUCUUCAUGUAAUCAUGUCAUGCCUUCAAAUGCAGCUGGGCAUCUCUUCUGUACGUGGAGCCUUGGGGAGUUGGAAUGCUAUAAGUAGAGUGCUAGCUUCAACACCAUUCAUCAGGAGCCUUCAAGCCUUCAUUGUUUUGAGGACUCAAGGCCAAGAGUGUCCUGCCAAAAGCUCAGCCCUGUAAAUAUAUUUCCUACCACAGCCUCCCGAGUUUCUCGGGGAAAAAAAAACGAUUAUAUGCCCCUGGAAACAAUAUAACAUGACUGUGAAUCGCUGAAGUUCAGGUCUGGCAGCUUCAGUUUGAUUGGUUCUGUACUUGAAAUCCGUGUUACUUGUUUUACCAGGCUCUCAAAUUGGUGUGAUUUCAUUUAGAAAUCACCCUUUCAGCUUUGAUCAUCAAGAAUGGAGGCUAUAGUUGAAGGAUCGAAGUAUGAGUGCUUGCUGUUUGAUUUGGAUGAUACCCUGUACCCCUUCAGCUCUGGCAUCAAUCUAGCUUGUCGCAAAAAUAUACAAGAUUACAUGCGUCGCCAUCUGCGAAUUGAAGAAAGCCAAAUUGCAGAUAUGUGCCUGGAACUGUACAAGGAAUAUGGCACCACGAUGGCUGGUCUUAAGGCAUUAGGUUACGAGUUUGAUAACGAUGAAUUUCAUGCAAAUGUCCAUGGUACACUGCCAUAUGACAAUCUGCAUUUCGACCCUGUUUUGAGGACCCUUCUACUUUCUAUUCCACAGAGAAAAAUAAUAUUCACAAACUCUGAUAAAGCUCAUGCAGAGGAGGUUCUGUGCAGGGUGGGUAUACAGGACUGCUUCGAAGGCAUAAUAUGCUUCGAGACACUGAAUCCACCAACCCCAACAUGCCAUGGUCUACACAAGCCCCUAAGUUCUAUCUCUGAUGAACUAUCUUCUGAUUUGGAUGACCUGGAUGAAUCUGAUGGCUUCAGACCUAAAUCACCAAUUCUCUGCAAACCCUCUAUUGAAGCCAUGGAAGCUGCGAUUCGGAUUGCGAAUGUUGAUCCUGAGAAAACAAUCUUCUUUGAUGACAGCGUUCGAAACAUAGCGUCAGGAAAAGCUGCAGGCUUUCACACUGUGAUUGUUGGGAGGCCAACGCUGGUUCCAGGUGCUGAUCACGCUCUUGAAAGCAUUCAUAACAUCAAGGAAGCAUUGCCCGAGAUAUGGGACGGUUGGUCUGAAUCUGAUGUUGUUCUUGCUUCCACUGCUUCUGAGACAACGGUUAUUGCUUGAUUGUGUCAUACUUUGCCCCAUGGAUAUUAUAUUGUGCAAAAAUGAAUGUUUGAUGAAAGUAUAUCAAAGAUUGCUAUUCAUGGGUGCAAACAGAAGACACAUGCUGACAUGCAUAUAGUAGUAGGUAAGAGAUUAUGGAUAAAAGAAUUCCAGUAUUGAUGGAAUUGUAUCAAUUGUACUUGGAUAGAUUAGUGAGAACUUUGAGAAGUAAAUGUAGUGGAUGGCUUGCACAAGAAAAUGCUCUUGGGUUGCCAUUUAUAAUGAGGAGCAACGGAAUAUCUUUCAAGAGGCUCUAAUUAUGCAACAUCUUGUUUACAGGUGUUCCAAAAAUGCAUACAUGAUACAUCGUGUUCCUGGAACUAA